AUUCGACUGGUUAAUGGACCUAAUGUAGCUGAUGGACAUGUGCAAGUUUAUCAUGAUGGCCGCUGGGGCUUCAUAUGCCACUAUGGAUGGGAUAUACAGGAUGCUAGAGUGGUGUGUACACAAUUAGGAUAUAAUAACGCAUCAUCCGCUGGCUGUUGUAGUCAGUAUGGUUAUAGUUUUGGUACAUAUUGGAUAAAUAAUCUAAAUUGUACCGGAAGCGAGAACUCUAUUUAUAACUGCUCUGACUUUAGUUGGAGUAAUGGUACUACUACAUGUUCGCGAUAUGAUAAAGCAUCAGUUAAAUGUACAGGUUCGUACAGUAUGAAAUUGAGACCGGUUACAGAUGGUACUCUUAGAUUGGUUGCUCAGUAUAAUUCGGCCGGACCGAACGAAGGCAAUGUUGAAAUCUAUCACAACGGAACUUGGGGUGCAAUAUGUCAUAAUUCCUUCAAUAUCAAGGAUGCUCAAGUUGUAUGCCGCCAGCUUGGCUAUACUAAUGCUUCGUAUACGUCCUGCUGCUCGAAUUAUGGGAACAGCAAUUAUAAGUUGACAUGGUUAAGUUAUUUAAAUUGCAGUGGUAAUGAAAGUAGAGUUUUAGAUUGCCCUCGUGGUUCCAGAUGGGGAGAUUUCUCCAAUGGAUGUGGUAGAUACAGUAUAGCUGGUGUUAGUUGUACAGGUUUGAGCAAUAAGAUUACCUAUCUAAUUUUUAUCUUUGCUGCGGCAUUUGUUACUAUUUGA